AUGGUAGCCCAAAGUCCAAGUCUCCCGGCUCAGAACUCCACAGAAGAACAGGACAACACCUCGACGAACUCCGAGGCCAAUCAAGCAGCUGCGCCGGUGGUUGCGUUGAGAAAUAAAAAGCCCCCGAAGCCCAUCGCCGAGCCUCAGAUCGACAAUCUGAGCUCGGCGCAUGCCGCGCUGGAGCGAGCGAUGGGCACGAUUAACUCGGGAUUAGUCGAUGAAGACGAUGCGGAUGGUAAGAAGAGGAGAUUUUGCGAUUUUUUGGGUUUUUGAAAAUUUUAGGUAUUAAAAGGAGAAAUUUUGGGUAAAAUACGAAAUUUUAGGCUUGUUUUUUAUUGAAUUUCUGAGAGUUUUGGAGAGCAUAGGAGAGGAAAAUGUAUGUAGUUUCAAGAAAACAGUAGAACACCCCCGAAGAAAUAUUUAAAUCGCCUUUUUUGAGCAGUUUUUUUAUAUUAUCCAUGAGGUUUUUGAUGAUUUUUCGAAAUUUUUGUCCUAAAAUAAAGUUUAAAAGAAGUUUAUGGUCUCAAAACGAUAAAUAUGGGUAAUAAACGUUCUGAAAAAGCCGAAUCCACAUUAAUUUUGUCUUUUUCGAAAAAAAAUUAUAUUAUCCAUGACAAUUUUUGAUGAUUUUCGAACUUAAAAUUUUGAUUUUUGCCUAUUUUUGUUUCUUUUAUGUAUUUUCAAGCAUUCGAAGUCAUGAUAAAAAUAGUUUUUCUUCAGAAAUCCGCCGCUUGGACUCCCAAUUGGACCAUUUGAAUGAGUACAUGGAUAAGGUCGAAGAGCGCCUCAGAUCCCACAACGCCAAGUUGGUCGAAACUUUGAAUCAACAGAAGCAAGAGCGAGAGAAACGACGCCAAUCCUUCCAUGAGGUAGGGUGAAAUACGGAUUUUGUAAUUUUUAUAUGUUGUACUUGGUAUCGACAAGUGUAAUGUAAUUUGCCAAUUUAAAUUUCAAGGAAACUUGCCGUAAAUUUAAAAUAAGGUUUUUUAAGGUAGAUGAGAGAUUUUUACAUCGAUUUUUGUGGAAUUAUUGAGCGUUAUAGUCAAAAAAUUAAAAAAAAAAAAAUUUUUUUUUUUGAUUUUACGAUCCAAAAAAUUUCUGUAUGUUCCAGUUGAGGAGUAGAAUAUUUCCACAAAAAAUUAAUUUUUUCCCAGUAAAAUUGGAGGAGAUAUAGCUGAAAAAGUUUUUUUUGUCUGACCCACUCUCCUCAUUUUGCGUGCUCUCUCGAAAAAAGACCGCGAAAUAUCUCGGUUAUUGGUGGAAAGAGAGAAAUAAAAUUUUCGGGGAUUAAUGUGUGGGUUAUUUAGAGUUUGAUGGGCUACUUAAAAAAAAAAUAAAUUUCGAAAAAAUUAAAAAUUUUUUUUUUUUUUUUUUUGAAAUUUCCGAUUUUUUCCUCCAAAAAAUCGCAUUUUUCAGCGCCAACAAACCAGCCGACAAGAAGACGACGACUUUCAGAAACAGCUCGCCGAACUCCUGGGACAAAUCUCCAUGUCCAAGAAACGAACCUCAAUCCUCGCCGACCUGGACUUAUCCCCCAGCAAGGAGCAAUAA